AUGGCUCGUACCAAGCAGACCGCACGCAAAUCUACCGGUGGAAAGGCGCCACGUAAGCAACUUGCCACUAAGGCCGCUCGCAAGUCAGCACCAUCGACUGGAGGUGUUAAGAAGCCUCAUCGGUACAGGCCUGGCACGGUCGCUCUUCGGGAAAUUCGUCGUUAUCAAAAGUCUACCGAGCUACUUAUUCGUAAGCUGCCCUUCCAACGAUUGGUUCGUGAGAUCGCUCAGGAUUUCAAAACCGAUUUGCGCUUCCAAAGUGCCGCUGUGGGUGCUCUUCAGGAGGCGUCCGAGGCAUAUCUGGUCGGUCUCUUCGAGGACACGAACUUAUGCGCUAUUCAUGCCAAACGUGUCACCAUAAUGCCGAAAGACAUUCAACUGGCUCGUCGCAUCCGUGGCGAACGGGCGUAA